UCAUGAAUGAACUGCUAUCAUUAUCAUUCAUGAGUGGCUGUCGGCCUAACAGAGAUGAUAUGCUCCUCAUCUUUUAUCUUUUAUUGUGCGCUAAGCGAUAAUGAAGCGAACCUUUGAUCAGUUGAUCGGUUGUUCAUCAGAUGCUGGGGGAUCUGAAAAUGAAUCUGUCAGGUUCAGCGGUGGUACCAUCCGAGAUGCUGUUUUUCAGCUAAUAAACCAUCACCAAGAUAAAGAUGCUUUGUUGCUAGAGGCUGGUGAUUUCCCCAUCGACUCCACGGGCCGAAAUGAAACAAAAGCUGGCAUCAAAGACUUGCAUCCACAUUACAUGCACUCAGUGGAAGGCUUCAUUAAGAUGUUAGAGGUUGAAUCGCGUGGGCAGGAAGUGGCUACCACAGCAGCCAUUGAGUGUGCCAAGAAGCUGAAGAGCCUCUCUGAGCAGAAGAUAGAGGAAAGGAAGCGAAAUACUAUGAUCAAUGUUGUCAUUGAAGCCGUGAAAUGCCUCAAGAAAGAAAACCGUUUCAACGAUGGCAUUUUCAUAAACCAGUUAUGUUCAGCUCAUGGUGGUAUCAGUGCUGAAUUGCUGUGGAUCCUGAAUAAGGAGUUCAUUAUGACCAUAGACUCUUACAUCAGCUGUAAUUUAGGCAAAGCUGUGAUAUUCGAAGCUCUACCCGGCAACAUCAUCAGUAUGUGUAGAUCUGCCUCUGAAUCGGAGAGGAGGAGGGUGGAUAUCAUUUCAGAUCUGAUGGCCUAUCUGAUUCGACAAGGUUAUGCCCGAAGAAGCAGUGAGCUCGAUCAUGCUUCCAAGACUCUUAAGAGGGUCACUGUUGCUGUUCUUGACUCCAUCCUGAAAGAUACCCUGAAGAAUGUCACAGAAUUAGGCUUACCCCACCAGAACCCUUUCUAUCUAGCCUUCAACCACGGUGGACUAGAUUCUGAAACUAUCAAGCGCUGCUGCACACAUCUGCUUGCUGUCACCAUGAGUUUAAAUCCAGAUCUGAAAGUUUCUCAGGCACUCAUCAAGCAGUCGACAUGGAAAUAUGUAAAUACUCCACCGGGCCUGGCUCAGGUGUACAAUCAUCUGAUGCUGCUGUUUGAUUCAAUGGAAGUCUUGAAUAUCAUUAAGAGAGUUCUUGCUCGUCAGGAGGUCAACUGGGAAACGGUCCUGUCCUUUGCGGCUACGUUUCUCGUCUUGUUUCGUGAUGCGAGUGAUGUUUACAGAGGUCUGAUCAGGAAUCUUCUCCAGGAGGCCUUUGAGAACCUGGAAGUUGAGAAUUUGAUCACAGGGUUCCUGCUUGCUAGGCAGGGAUGUCUGGAGGGGCCGCAUGUCUUUCCCUCAUAUCAGGAGUGGUUCCAGGACAGCUUCGGCAGCAGCACCUCACCAGCCAAUAACAAGAAGGCAUUCUCUUUACUGGUGAAGUUUCUCACGGACAUUGUGCCAUUUGAGUCGGCCAACAUCCUUCGAGUCCAUAUCAUGAAGCCGCCACUCAUACCAGCCAAGUGCAAUGAUAUGUACGCAGACUACACAAUCUUGGCAAAGACGAGGCUAUCGGAUAUGAAUGAACCCCUGGACCCACAAGUUGGAAUCUACACCAGCACAAAGAUGGAGGGCAACGAGUUGGAAGACCAGAUCAGUAAUGAUGUCAACAAUGCCCUGGUGUCGUUCGAGCAGUCAGGAAAAGUUCCCACCAUCAUCAUUGAGGCCAGCAUUUUCCGAAAGCCAUAUUACAUCAGGCGAUUUCUGCCAGCGCUCAUGAAGCCAAGACCUCUCCCAGAUGACCCUGAUAUUCGAAUGAAAUUCAUAACUGCUUUAAACCAGUCAGGGAAAAUUCCGACAGCCAUGUUUAACGACUAUCAAAGCAGCUGUAAGAGGGAGACUGUGCAACUGUUGGAAGGCCUUUUCGUGGAUGAUGAAGAUGUUAUACUGCUGCCACCAGAAGAUCAACUACAGGCUUUGCUGGACCAGUUCCUUGAGAACAUUUCAAAGGAAUUGAAUGACAAGGAAGGGGCAAUGAAACUCACUGAUACGAGUACUGGGAAGUUGUCCAUGAUCAAGGAAAGAGUGGACGAUGUGCUUGGGAAAGAGUGUAAGGAAAUCAGUGAAGUGGUCAAGCCAGUCAUCAUUGGAGAAAAGUAUGACAUCUUGCCUAAUAUCUGCCAGGCAUGUGAAAUGUUGCUGAAUACAUACUGUAAGCUUGCUGCUCUGUUGUCCUCUACUGGCCAUCUAAAGGACAACUGGCACAAACCUUAUGUGGAGAUCAUGUUCUUUCAUCCAACACUCCUCUCUCAUUUGUAUCAAAGGAUAUGGAAUAUAGUCAUUUCGGAGGGCACCAGUCUUGAGCAGCAUCACAUCCUCGGCCUCGCCCACCUCCUUGCUGUCUUCGCAUCACAUUGUAGCGGGAAGACCCCAAUGGUGAUAUCGCCAUCCAAACAGUCCACUCAUCUUCACGAGGCCAUAUUACAAGAGUUACCUCAUCAUGAUAGACAAGCCAUGGUUUUCACUUUCAGGUUUAUGACCUACUACCUCCAGUAUUCGCACUGUGAAGUCAGAUCAUCUUCAACUUUUCAAAAGUCAAUCCUGCAGAAGUUUCAGGUGCUUGCCUACAGACUCUGCCCGAGUCAUUUCAACUUCACACCCCUUGACCCAACAGCAUUGCCAGUAUUGGAAGAACAACAGCUUGCCAUUGAGAUUAUGAGGUCAGAAAAUUACAGAAAGUUGUGCGAUGAAGUUGGAAAGUUCUCCUUUGACGAUUGGUUGGCGCUUGAAUGUGAAGUCUUCCCGGAGCAGGAUAUCUUAUCAGAUCAGGACAGAUUGGUGCUGUAUGACUGGUUACUCCACACAGUUUAUGUCCCUCGAUCACUGCAGGAUGGAGGCUGUGGGGGCUCCUACAGGGAGGCUUGUAUCAGAAUGUUCAAGUCAAUUGUCCGAUACCAGAUGCAGCCCAAGGUGAUUCAGAAACGGUGCUAUAAUCACAAAGCCAAAGAAGAUAGAGGGAGCUGUCAUCAUCUAGUUAGAUUGUUACAGAAUCUCUGCUUGAACUCGAUGCAGAGAAAAGUCGAGGCUACACAUGUGUCUGCUGAAGCAGAGGCUGAAAGUGCCAUGUCUUGGAUGAUUGAAGCAACAGACCAGCUGGUGUCAGAGUUGACAGAGUAUGCUGCUCCUGUAUGCUUCAGGUUUUAUUCUCGGUUACCAGCGCCACUGUUCUGGACGAAUGACAUACGAGUCACACCCAGUGAGCAGAUGGUGAGGUGCAGCCUCAACCAUGUCAAGAAGUAUCUUAGGAAUCACUUAUCUGAUGGGCUCUGUCUGACAUAUCCUUGUAUUCUCUUCCUGCUAAAGGGUGCCUUUUCAUUCAAUUCUCCCGAUGUUGCUAAGUUAGUUGGUCAACCAAACGAGGACAACAUGUGCAUUACCCUCGCUAUCAUGGUCCACUGGAAGAAACUGCAUUGGUUGGAGACUUGUUUCAACAGUGAUGACUUCAGCCGCCACGGAGAGAUGAGGAGUCGCGUAAAGAGUAUAUUUGGUAAUCCAGGUGAACCCUCAACAAGAAUGAGGACCAGUAACCCACAGCAAACAUUUGCCUGUUACAGUAUCAUGCGGGAUGGGGAUUACACGCCAAUUCAGAUAAAGAAAAUAAUGUUGUCAUUCUCUAAAGUGCCACAGAUGGAUUAUGCCUUAAUCGUGACAGCGAUGUCUGACAUACCUCUUCAAGAGACUGAAAACUGGCUGAACAUGCAAGAAGGGUUUAGACUAGCGGUUUGUCAGCGACCCAACCUCCUCAGUGAGUUUGCAGAGGGUCUAAAUGAGAAACUAGAUCAUGUUCCAGAUCUCUCUGGCCGGUUACGUGCCGUCACAUUUCUCAGAAUGAUGCUGGAGACGCCUAAAAACGAAUUGAAAGUCCUGCUGAGGGAGUGUGACGCCAUGAAGUCACUGAUGGACAUAUACACCAAUGUUGGGGAGCUCUACGACUCAGAAACAAAAGAAGUCCCUCUGAGUUACUAUCAGCCUUUGACGACUGAUGUGAUUCUGGCGUUCUCUGUGUUCCUCAAAAGAUGCUUACGUCUAUGUCCCAAGGAAACGUUGGCUAGGAUUCCUAACAAGUGGAUAGCAACGUUAACAUCGAUGUUCAUCAAAGAUGAGCAGAUGGAUGGUACUUGAUUUAGGAUUAAAGCCGCAGCUGGAAGCAUUUGGGACACGAGUAAGUGGAGAACUCGAUUAAGGAUAUCAGCGACGGCUUCUUUCUUCAUGACACAAGUAUUGAGUGGCGGACUCAUUCGGAUCACAUCAUCGGGGGAAGCUGUGUGUUCUUGGCGUCUCGUAUACUUAACUUUCAAUAUUUCACUGCUUUAAGUGGUAGAGAUAUACAGUGGAAACUCCCGUUGUGGACACAUCUAUUAACAGGACAACCUCCUUACUAUUGAUGCAUGCUCUAAUGUGGUAUUAAGGUAAAUCCUAUGAUAACGCAGCCUUGUACUAGGUUUAAUACCAUGAUGUACCGAUGGCCAUAUUAAGGAGUCAAAAUUUCCUUGGCUUUUUGAAAGGGGAAAAAA